AUGGUCUGUCGUCCAGUGUUUUGUCGUCGGCGGUUUUGCCCCCGGCCCUUCUUGGUGGGCCUGGUGGUGGCAAUCUGUCUCUCCUACCAGACUCUGACACUCCGGGGGACAAAGAAACUUGCAGCUGCUGGCCCCGGAGCUACCCCAAACACACGCACCAAAACCCAAGCAAGCAGAUGCACCAAAGGAUUCUUCCCGGACAAGCAGUGCUUCCUUCUCUCUGACAAUGGACAGGAAAUCGGAAAGAUCGAACAGUCAGUUGAGACCCACUUCAGCAGCCGUGGCAGAAGGGCUGUUCUCUACAGGCCUUCUUCCUCCAGCCAAAGGGAGCUUCAGCUCCACCAGAGCAUUCUCACUCAACAUCAGUAUAUGGUUGUCAUCUCUGAAGAAAGCCUCGGCGCCGACCCUGGGCUCCUAGAAAAAGGUGAGUUGGACUCUUGGGAUCUGCUUAUUUGCCUGUCUUCUAGGACAGCUGGUGGAAAACCCUGCAUAUCAAAGGAAGACAUGUGCCAGUUAAAUUUACAUCAAAAGGUAAACAUAUUACCAGAAAUACAGCAUCAGCUUUGCAGAAAGGAAGGAUUAUGUCAGCUCAUUAAAAGAUUUCCAGAAUUGCGACUUCUGGUGAGCCCUUCUGUGUGUCUGGAUCAAAGUAUACAAUUAAAGCUGAGGACUUCAAGUCACCUUUUAAAAACACUGAAGUCGCAUAUGUGGAAACCAGGGGACUGGAGAAAUGAACAGCUGAAUCAAACCACAGCCCUUGCUCCACAAGAAACACUCUUGAGAGCCAAAGAUUUAUCUGUAAUUCUUAAAGCAUAUGUACUGGUGACAUCCCUAACUCCUCUCCGUGCAUUCAUUCAUUCGACCGGCACAGUUUGGAAUCUACCAAAGAAAAAACGCUUCACUGUCAAGCUGCAAACAUUUUUUGAGACAUUCCUGAGAGCCAGUUCACCUCUUCAGGCUUUUGAUAACAUGAAGGAAGCCAUUAGCAAACUCCUACUAGCAGCUGAAGUAUUCAGUGAAACAUCUACUCUGGGACCAAAGAUCUUCCAUAGAUGCAGAUUAUGUUUUCAACUUUUAACCUUUGAUAUUGGUUACGGCAGUGUCAGGUCCCCUGUAGUACUUCAGGUGCAUGAGCAUUUAAAUUUUCAAGAUGAUGAUGAUAUGGAUUUUGAGGACCAAAACAGAGAAAAAUUUCUUUUAAAAGAUACUUUCAACUUUGUCCUGUCUAAUGAAUCUUCCCUUUCCAUAUUUUCUGAGAUAUUUCAGAGACUUUAUAGAUCAGCUGUAGUUAAGGGUGAAAAUUAUCAAAAAGAACUAAAUCGGUGCCUGUCUUUAGAGGAGAUUAACUCAAUUAUGACUUUUAUAAAGGAACUCGGGAGUUUGGGACAAUUCCAACUGCUUUUCCCAUCUACUACUCCUGGAUUUCAAUCUCUGAUUCGUGAAUUUUAUGGUAUGGCAAGUCCUAUGGGAAAACCUGGUUCCAUCCUGACUCAAUACCAGUCUCUUUUAAGUGUAUUUGAACAAUUUCAGCUCCUGAAUAAAAAGGCAGAGCUACACUCGCUGGAAUGGAAUUCUUUCACAGAGGAUGGAAACAUUAAAAAGCCACGAGUACCAUUUGAUGCAACUGAAAAUAAAAAAGCUGUGGUUCCACAAAUUAUGAAUGAAACCAAAGAAAUACAUUGCCAUAAUGAUAAAGAUGCACAAUGUCAUGUCAAGCAGAUCUUCACACAUCCACGUUUGGAACUAAAUCCUGAAUUUAACCCGCAGAUCAAAGAUUAUUACUCUGAAGUCCCAUUUGAUGCGGUUACAGUGACCAUUGGAGCAGAGGCUUCUAAGUGUCAGUGCAAGGUGCACCUGCAGGAACGGGCAGGACCAAGCUUUGCCAACUACCCUCUGGGUUUAGGGAUGAACAAAAUCUCAGUGCUUGUGGUGGAUGAAUCUCUAACUCAGGGUGAGACCUUGACCACGUACAAACUUACCAUCUAUAGAGAAGACCGUCCAAGUCUGCCCUUGUUUGAGGACUUCACAGCGUGUGGAUUUGUGCAGGAUUGUGGUUUGCUGAUUCAGCCAGAGGAAACCUGUGGGUUACAGCCUAUUUCCUCUGACUACAUUGAAGCCAUUUCACAGCCCGAACUAAAGACUUGUCCAUCUGGGGAUACAAAAGGCCAGUGGAUCGUGCCUUGCCUUAGUUGUUCAGACAACAGGACCUGUGACUGGAGAGAAGUCACUUGGCAGCCCCACCACUGCCAAUACGGUGUCCUGACCAAGCCUCAACUCCAGCAGUGCCUGGGAGGAAGGAAGAUUCUUUUCAUUGGAGAUUCAACCAACAGAGGGAUAAUGUACUAUCUGAUUGAAAGAUUGAAUGAAACCCUGAAGGAAUGGCAGAAGGUGCAUGGCACUAAAUUCUACCACAAUGUCAAUGGAGGAAAGACCUUGAUCAGUUAUUCCUACUAUCCCCAGUUUUGGAUGAGCCCUUCAUUGAGACCAACAUUUGAAAAAGCCCUUGAACAUCUCUUGCAAAGAUCAGGUCCCCUGGAGAAUACCAGUCAGACUGUAUUGGUUGUUGGUGGUGUUCAGUGGCUUAAUUCCAAUCAUCUGCAAAUUAUUCACAAGGUUUUAAAGAGGGAAAACUUACUCAAUAUCCUUGUGAUCAUCAAAACGUUGGGAAUUGGAUUUCAUUUGCCAGUGGAUGGAGUACACUUCUUAACCCAGAGUGAAGUUCAGAAUUUAUGGAAAAAAAAUUUGAUUAUCCUGGAAGCUGCUAAAAAAUAUGGCUAUGAAGUGGUUGACACAUUCUCUAUAACCAUGGGGCGACACAAAGAGUUUUUGCAGGGGACGUGUGGGUGUCAUUUCCAUGAGGUGGUGAAAUCAAAAUUAUCCAAAGAAGAUCACUUUCUUAAAAUGAAACAAUCAAGAAAUCAUAUUGUGGGAAAAUAUUUCAGCAAUCAAAGCAAAUUACGACAAAGACGACAAGACUCUAUGACAAAUGUUCAAUCACCGUUUCAUGUCAGAGGUCCAAUUAAUCAGGUUUGCUCUGAAAUCCUUCUCAGCAGGAUGUGUGCCAGUGAAAGAACUCUGGAGGCCCUGCAGAAGGACUGA